CUGUCUCUGAUUGGCUUUCUCCAAACAUAAUUGGAGGCAAAAUUUGAUAUGCUCAAUGUCAUGGACAGGAAUGAGGUUUCACCGGCGUCUGCUGCCACCAUGAAAAAGAAGGCGGUGGGCGGCAAUGGAUGCAGCCACAUCAGCGCACCCAAGGCUGUCGCAUCUAAAUGCACAAGGAGCAACAGCGGACACAACUGUCUGGACUCCGGUUCUGCCGGCGCACCUUGCGGUAAGCAGCCCGGUGUGACGAGCAACGUCGUGAUGGACGAGACGGAGGACGGAGAAGAGGAGUCCAAGUUUCAGCAUCCGCGGUUGCGCCGAGCCGGGGGGAGCGGCAGCGGCGGAGGUGGAGGAGGAGGAGGCGGCGGCAGUAUCAGGAUGAAGAACUUUACGCCAGGAGGGGGAGCCGCGUCCUCGGCUUCCAGGAGAAACUCCAACAAGGAGCCCAGCCUUACGCACAUAGAGGACGCUCCUGCCGCCCCACGGCCCACUGCUGCCUCCAGAGCUACUGAGACACCCUGUCCGGGCGAUGCUGCCCAGCGCGGCGACACCAGCAGAGCAUCUGGGGCGGAGGCGUCGGCAUCAGCGGUCGCGGGAGAGGUUUUAAACGCGACAGCAGGUGAUGCUUGCAACGGCGCCGCUCCAAUUUCCAGCAUGAAAUGCAACAAGAACGGAGAAUGCAGGAGGGACUCGGGUACCGGGAGCCUGCGCUCAAUCAUCUCCAAGCAGGAGAAGCAGACAGGGGGGUCGGGGAGAGCCGAGGACGGAGGCAGCGCCAAGCGAGGAGCCUGUAACUCGACCACCGCCAGCAUGGACGGCUCGAUCACGCCAGGCGGGUCCCUGACCGGGGGCCACGGUGGAGAGAGCGCAAACCCCGGCGCUACCCCGGUCUCCAGCGGUGUCCCUGAGAAAAAGGACUCCAAGGUGUCCUUCUCUAACGCGCCAAGCCGAAAAGCCUCAUCCUCGCUGCAUGGCCCGACUCAGACUCAGACCCAGCAGCCGAGGAACUCUGUCACUUUCCAGAAGCCGGAGGAUGGACCGCCAAUUGUGCCCGCCGAGGAUGCGGAACCUCGGGGCAGCCAAGCCAGCUUCAUGCAGCGGCAGUUUAGUAGUAUGCUGCAGCCUGGAGUUAACAAAUUCUCCUUACGCAUGUAUGGUAGUCAGAAAGCAGUGGAGAGGGAGCAGGAGAGGGUAAAAUCAGCUGGAAAUUGGAUUAUCCACCCUUACAGCGAUUUCAGGUUCUACUGGGAUUUUACAAUGCUGCUGUUUAUGGUGGGCAACCUGAUCAUCAUCCCUGUGGGCAUCACCUUCUUCAAGGACGAGACCACGACGCCCUGGAUCAUCUUCAACGUGGUCUCCGACACCUUCUUCCUCAUGGACCUGGUGCUCAACUUCCGCACUGGAAUCAUCAUUGAGGACAACUCGGACAUAAUUUUGGACCCUAAGACCAUUAAGAAGAAGUAUCUAAAAACGUGGUUCAUUGUAGACUUUAUCUCCUCCAUUCCAGUGGAUUACAUAUUCCUCAUAGUGGAGAAAGGGAUCGACUCGGAAGUGUACAAGACUGCUCGGGCCUUGAGGAUCGUCCGCUUUACCAAGAUCCUAAGUCUUCUGAGGCUCCUGAGGCUCUCCAGAUUAAUACGCUACAUUCACCAAUGGGAAGAGAUCUUCCAUAUGACCUACGACCUGGCCAGUGCAGUGAUGCGGAUCUUUAACUUGAUUGGUAUGAUGCUGCUGCUGUGUCACUGGGACGGCUGCCUGCAGUUCCUGGUCCCCAUGCUGCAGGACUUUCCCUCAGACUGCUGGGUGUCCCUCAACAAGAUGGAGAAUGACACCUGGUCUGAGCUCUACUCCUUUGCUGUCUUCAAGGCAAUGAGCCACAUGCUGUGCAUCGGUUAUGGCCGUCAGGCCCCAGAGAGUCUAUCAGAUAUCUGGCUCACCAUGCUGAGUAUGAUUGUAGGAGCCACUUGCUAUGCUGUUUUCAUUGGCCAUGCAACAGCUCUCAUCCAGUCCCUGGACUCCUCCAGACGGCAGUAUCAGGAAAAGUACAAACAAGUGGAGCAGUACAUGUCCUUCCACAAGCUACCUGCUGACUUCCGACAGAAAAUCCAUGACUACUACGAGCACAGAUACCAGGGCAAGAUGUUUGACGAGGAGAGUAUCCUGGGAGAACUCAGCGAGCCUCUCAGAGAGGAAAUUGUCAACUUCAACUGUCGCAAGCUGGUGGCAUCGAUGCCACUGUUCGCCAACGCAGAGCCAAACUUUGUAACAGCCAUGCUGACUAAGCUACAUUUUGAGGUGUUCCAGCCCCACGAUUACAUUAUUAGAGAAGGCACCAUUGGCAAGAAAAUGUACUUCAUCCAGCAUGGAGUCUGCAGCGUCAUUACCAAGGGAACCCUUGCAAUGAAGCUCUCCGAUGGUUCUUAUUUUGGAGAGAUCUGUUUAUUGACAAGAGGUCGGCGAACAGCCAGCGUGCGAGCAGAGACUUACUGUCGGCUCUACUCUCUGUCUGUUGACCACUUCAAUGAGGUGCUGGAAGAAUAUCCCAUGAUGAGACGAGCCUUCGAGACUGUUGCCAUUGACCGUCUAGAUCGCAUAGGUAAAAAAAACUCCAUCCUGAUGCACAAGGUUCAGCAUGAUCUCAACUCUGGUGUCUUCAACAACCAGGAGAACGAGAUGAUCCAGGAGAUCGUCAAGUACGACCGUGAGAUGGUGAAGCUGGUGGACCUGCAGCGGCCGCGGGCCAUGUCUAUGACCCCCUCUAUCGGCGGCAUCUUUGCUCCUCCCGGUCAGCCGCCGACAGGCUCUGCUAUUGCCACCCUCCAGCAAGCUGUGGCCAUGAGCUUCUGUCCUCAGAUGGCGAGUCCUUUGGUGGGUCCAGGGACUCUGCAGUCCCCUCGUAUGGUGCGAAGAUUCCAGGUUAUGCAGAACCUGUCCAGUCCAGUUUCCAUGUCUCCUCUUCAGUCUCAACCCCCUCAGACGCUCGGAGGGGCGUUUGGAUCUGCAAUUUCGAGCCCACCGGUUCAAAGCCCGCUCGCAGCUACAGGACGGACUUUCCAGUACAUGGCGAGCGCAGGACCCUCUGGGUCCCAGUUGUCCCUAGUACAGCACCAUGCACCCAGCCCCACACAGACCCAGCAGAGGCCUGCCUCACACAAGAGCACCCACUCCCUUCAUACGGGCAGCUUGAGCCAGGAUACCCGAGCCCUGUCUGCCUCCCAGCCUUCACUCCCUCAGGAGGGAACACCACAAGCUGCCUCCGCAGCCCCCAGUCCUCCGUCCUCCACCCGCGUCUCCAACACCUCCAUCGGCCCCCCGCAGCCUCCUCACCCGAGCAUGCCAGGGCCCUCGGGGGUGGGGAGAUCAGCGGUUGCCCAACAGAGGGUGGCCUUUGCCUCCACACCUCCUCCCGGCGGACCUGCUGGAAUGGGGGCAGUAGCAGCAGCUGCUGGAUCAGGACCUCCAGAAUCUGGAGUUCCCAAGAAAGAUUCAAUUGUCAGCCUUCCAGAGCUAGACUCUGCCAGAUCCCGGCUGUCUUCCAACUUGUGACCCUGGUAGAGUUCAGGAAAGAGGCCUUUUUUGUAGGAGAAUCUGUUUGGUUUAGGUCAAUCCAGCUGAUCUAUCAGCCUGCUAAAUGACCAAUCAGCUGCUGCCAGUGCCACCAGUCAUUCGACCUGAAUGCACUGUGUGCUGGUGUCAGCAGAAGGAAAAGAGCUACUCAAAGUCUUGAGACACUUUGGCUAGGAGGAGUCUAUACAAUUAAACUAGUAUAACUUAAGGUUGGACUGGUCUAGUCUACUGUGCCAGCACCUUUAGUCUUAGUAUCACCCCUUUCACUCUGCUUCCAAACACCUACUGUAUAUCGCUGUCUUUACUGUAAAGAUAUGAAGAAAAGUACGAUUAAUGUAACUAUUGCAUACUGUGUAGAAUCCAUGCAAUGCAAUCUAGCAGGAGCUGGACUUAAAAAUGAAAAUCAGGGACUUGAGGUCAAAUGACAAUGACAUUUUAAGCGUUCAAAAGUGUUUUGAGUGUAAUUUUUCUGUAUAAGCUGUUGUAGCAAAAGAACACAUCGCUCUUCAUAUUGUUUAAACUAGUAGUGGAAAUAGUGUUUUAGACCGCUGGUCGAUCUUACAUCGAUGUGUAAAUAGUUGAUGAAAAAAGUACGGAAGGAUAUUAUAUUCAUUGUAUCUACCCAAACCAAAGUUGAGCUUGAACACCAAGUCUGGUCGUGUCUGUAUCAACUAAAAAAGAAACAUAGAAGAAAAUGCCAUUUAUUUAACUGCCUUGAUUCAACGUUAGAAGCCAUAUAUUUGGUUUGUGUGUAUGUAUAUAUGUGGGUGUAAGUUUGUGUGCGUGAGUUUGUUGAUACGUUUUGGUUCCAUUUUCAGAGAAUGGACUCACACUCUCUACACUGCUUUGUCAAGCACGACUGGUUUGACAUGCUGACGGCGGCACUGACCCGCUUUCAUGAAACAUCUGGAAAGCGGUCAGCUGUUUGUUUGGCGCACUGAUUGUAACCCAGAAGGCAAAGGUGGUUAAAUAAUCUGAGCUUUAUCGAAAGGAAACAUUUGUGAACAACCCAUACUGUAUACUUGCUUGUUUCUGUCUAGGUUUAUUGAUUAACACAUGCAAUAUAAUUCUGCAAUACUCUACCCCGCCUAUAUAUAAAUAUAUAUGAAUAUAAAUAUCUAUACAUAUGCUGUACAGGAAAGUGAACUUCUUUCUUUUUCCUUUUGUUUUUCUUUUCAAUGUGAAAUCUUAAAGAAUCCAGCAGCUAUUGUGGCUUCACUUGAGGUAUUGUAAUCCAGUGACCAUGUUGUUACCUUAACCAAAAAUGUUUGUGGGAAUGAAAGAACGUGCAGUGUCAUUUUCGUUUAAAACAGACGGGACAAACUGCUUCAAACUGGUUUAGAGUCACAGGAGGAGUCCAUGCUUGAGUUCAGCAAGUCAGAUCCUCGAAAACGUCACUUUAAAGCCCAUUUUAAGAUAUCAAACUGUAAAAUGAGCGGAGCUGGCUGGGUGGGUUUGGGUGGACAAUAUGGGGCACCCACGCCUCACUUGUAAAAAAAAAAAAAAAAAAAGUAUUUGCUCCAUAUUGAAGUCUCUUUGUGCCCCAUUUCACUCCAAAACCCCUGUGAAUGUCUCAACAUUUCGAUCCAUAACAAUCCCACGGUUCAAAUUCUGGGAUUGGGUUGAGGCUUUGGUUACAUUUGUUCUAAAUAUACUGUUGAACCUAAGCUCCUUCUCCUGCUGAAUGUAUGCCAUAUGGGAAGGAAGACAGCUAAUCAGAUAUAAACUGCCAUGUAAAUAACGGGACAGAGAUUUAAAGAGGCUUUUAUGAUGCAAGGGGGUUGUGGGGAUUGCUGUAUGUGUUGCUGAGUGUCUGUGUGAUCUUUUUAGGUUUGAUGAUGCUUCUCUGGGUUGAACGUUGCUGUAUUUAACCUGUAUGCUACAACCCAAUCCCUAGAUCUAACAUGAGAGGAUAAUUUUCUUUUUUUUUUUCCCAUUUAUCUAUUGAAGUUGAGCGAGAGCGAAACACUUUGAACUCCUCGGUCCAAAGCGAGCACUGAGGACAUCCAGUUAAGCACCUUGUGUUGCACUACAACCUUGUCAUCAAAAUGAAAAUCGAUGCUCUAUUCUCUUAAAAUGGUUGCAGUACUUCUCCCGCGCCCAUUAUCUGGUUAAACUGUAAGGAUGAAAAGUGAAUCCAAUUGGGAAACAAAAUAGGCAGCUGAUUCAUUGUGCUAAACAAACACGGCAACCAACUUUUUCAGCUCGGAACAUCGAUCCGGAGCCAAACUGUAAAAUCAAUGCGAUGGACAUUUCACUCAGGUUUGCUACCUUUCCAGAGAGAUGUAUUGAUUGCCGCCGCGUGGCUUUCCAUUGAUUUAUGUAGACUCGUCUAUCCUCCCAUAAUCAACUUGUUGAUUUAACCAUGCUGAAAGAUUCCCCUUGAAUUUUGAUUGGCUAGGAAAAGCACGGAGGAUAACACUUAGAUUGUCAUUAGCGUAACUCUCUGCCAUUUGGUUUUGAUCUCCAAUCCUGAGAGCUGUUUAAAUCUUGAAACAAGGUGUAGGUGAUUGUUUUUAUCCAAGGGCUUCAUUAUAUGGCUUGUAAAUCUUGGCUCAUCGUAACUGUAGAGAACCCACAUUUUCCCCUUUGUGUUUGAUCAGUAACAUGCACUAAACCCUGUUCUUUGUCAUACCUGGGUUACAAUGCCGUGACCCGCUUCAUCAGCAACACGGGAACUUUGUAUUGCUUUUUUCCUAUGGGAAAGGUACAUGCCAAAAUGCCAAUACGAUUGUGAAUGAAGUCCAUUUGAGUCAGUGGCUGUUGUGUGCUUCAAUACUGUUCCAGUGCAAUCAGUUGGUCCUCUUCCCUGUUCCUUUGUGCUAAUACCAGAGUUUGCCCUAUUAAGCUGCUAUCAGGACUGUGCUGAUAUUAUUUGAAUGAGUCCACAGUCAGUGAGAGCAAGAUGGAAGGAGAGUCAAAGAGCUAAUGUUUCAGGCAAUAUCAGCCACCGUCUCUGUUUCAUUGCAUCCAUCCAGUAAGAUAUGUAGUGUGUAACUCACUCCCACUCAAAGGAUGGCAUCCCAGACACUUUGAUCAGUACCACUCUGUUUGAACCCGCAACCAUGAUGCUGAUACAGCUCUGGCCAAGCACGUACUUCUGUCAGUAAUCUGUUUUGUGUCUGUGUCACAAGUGUGUUCAGUCAGCUGACUUGGAGCCGCUGUCGACAAGUUGUGUGUGCGUGACAUAGCGCUGUGUUUGCCUGAUGACGGUGGGUUCAAAGUGUGAUUGUUUAUUGGUUCUUCUUCUGGACCUUGCUGUGAAGUGGGAUUGAAAUCCCCUCAUACAUGUUUGACACUGACUGACAAUUAUUGAGAAUAUCUAAGUUUCAAACCUCUCAUUCUUGCUGUACCAGAUAUUAAGGGUACUGAAUGCCUUGGUGUUGAUAUGUUAGCAAAUCAGGGUAUUAUUUUUGUUUGUGAAACUGUCUUUGAUUUAUUGGUAUAUUUCGUUUGGUUGUUGUUUUAAAAUUUGUUUUUACAAUGUGCCCCAUGCACACGGACUGUAUAUACCUUGUGCCUAGUACAUCUAGUUUCCACAUAGUCUAUUUUUGUGGUAUGUAUGUGCCUGUAAAAAUGCAAAUACGUGUUUUUAUUUUCAACUUGCAAUAUAUGUAAAAAAACCAUUAGAUGAAGACUAGUAUUGCUGAAUUACAAUGACAAUGUCAGUAUAUAUAAUUUUCCCUGAUACGGGAAACACAAAAUUGCACAUUUUUGUUGGUUUGAGCCUUCCAACACCAUGCGCGCUGUACUCUGUACUUUCAUGUUCUGUACAUAUGGUAUACACAGAGAUGUGGGGCACAUUGUUGUGUUUUUACCACAACCUGCUGUAUAAGAAACAUUUUCUACAGUGAGAGGGUGAGCUCUGACAGGCUUCUGGUGGAUAUCGGCAGUCUAGACGUUAGCUUAGAUGACCUGCUUGCUGCAAAGAGCCAAAAAUUACGGAAAGUAAUAAUUAAAACUGUGGAGAUGUUUGCACAAUAUCAAUAGAGUAACAAAAGUAGACUGUGCACAUGCUGGAAAAUUGUUCUCAGACUAUACUGUUGCACAGUCCUUUACACUCUGACGCUGGUUGCACACUGAUCUGGUGUUUGCCAUUAAAGAAAGAAAAAAAUAAAGUUCUCUCCAAGGCUGAAUUUGACUCAUGAACCACAGCAGUCACGAGCUUGACCCCUGGUUGAGUUACCUUGACAGACAAUAGCAGAGUGCAUGCUUGUAUUUUUCUUAUCUAAGCAGAGUUCUGUGUAUGAUUCUUAGUGGGACCUUCAAAUCUAGACAUUGUCGUGUACCAACUACUGUACAAUGAUUUUAUUUAGUCUACCAGUUAAAAUUUUGUGUCGUAGCUACUGUAGCCUGCUUAGCUUACCUAAGCCUUCUCUCUGCUUCAGGACUCUGUGUGCUUGAGUUUGUGUGUGCGUGUGUGUGUUCCUGUGCCUUUCCUUCUAUAAUGUUGGUCCCACUUGAGAAUAUGAUGCCAUUUAGGGGUUUGACACCCACAUGAAGCUGAGAGAGAUGCCAGCACAAGCUGGAGAGUCUUAAAUGGUCACAUUUGUUCUACAAAAAAGGAAACCACCAAAAAAAAAAAAAAACAACAAAAAACACUGUAAUGCUCCUAGAAAUUACUCUAGCACAUCCCUAGACUUAGUAGCAUUCCACAGCCUGCACGAGCAGCUCAGUGUGGGCAUCCAGACACACUUUACCAGCACCAUGUAGACAACAGCACAGAUAUCUGACACAGCAUGUGUUCUCUCUCUGUCUCUCUCUUUCUCUCUCUUUGGAGGCCAGUCUGCAACCAUCUCAGGCUGUGCUCGGCUUUUGCUCUUAACAAUAAGGUAUUUCAGAACUCCAGCUCUGUCUAAGUUGAUGUCUCUAAAUCCAGGGACAAUUUAGCUCCCAGCCCGAGCCACGGCGCUACCAGGUCAAUCUGAAAGGAUCGAGGCGGGGUUGCCUGGGAUGGUGUUCUGUCUGAGAUGGGCAGCUCGUGGCGAGGGCGCGGGGCUGAUUUGAACCUGAGUCCAAAAAGGCUGUCUUGUCCACCACCUCUGCUGGCCGAGAACACAGAGCCACACCCUGGUCUCUCUCAAUAAGCUGGUCUGUCAGUCAGUGGCAAUGUUGUUUAAGCGUUCGUAAACAGACGAUACAUUGUUGUGCAAUAAAAAGAUGAGCGCAUUGGCAUACUUA